GCAAAGCCCCUGGCCUGCCGCUGGAGCGUGAGGGCCACUCGAAUUCCGUUUGGAGGCUUCUUUGAUCUCUCACAGUAGACAUCAUGAGCAAAGCUCACCCUCCCGAGUUGAAGAAAUUUAUGGACAAGAAGUUAUCAUUGAAAUUAAAUGGUGGCAGACAUGUCCAAGGAAUAUUGCGGGGAUUUGAUCCCUUUAUGAAUCUUGUGAUAGAUGAAUGUGUGGAGAUGGCAACUAGUGGGCAACAGAACAAUAUUGGAAUGGUGGUAAUACGAGGAAAUAGUAUCAUCAUGUUAGAAGCCUUGGAACGAGUAUGAACAAUGGCUGUGUUCACCAGAGAAAUCAACGCUUCCAUGUGUCCCCUCUCCACAUAUUAUUACCAGAAAAAUUGGGUUGUGUACAUUUUACUUUUUUUGUUAAAUAAACUUUUGUAAUAGCCAAAAAUGCUUUCUUAGCUGUUCUCAACUUAGAAUA